AUGUCCAAGCUUAUCACUGUCUUCGGUGCCACGGGCAACCAGGGCGGCUCCGUGAUCAACCACAUUCUGGCUGAUUCCCGGCUCUCCAAAGAGUUCAAGAUCCGAGGCAUCACCCGCGAUACCAGCAAGCCCGCCGCUCAGGAGCUGCAAAAGCGUGGAGUGGAGGUCGUCACGGCUGACCUGAACUCUGUCGAAUCCCUCCGCACAGCUCUCGACGGAUCCCAUACCAUCUUCCUAGUAACCAACUACUGGGAAUACGUUGACAAGGACACCGAAGUCACCCAGGGCAAGAAUGUCGCCGAUGUAGCCAAAGAACUCGGCGUCCAGCACCUGAUCUUCUCUUCUCUCGUCCACGUCACCGACUCCACUAAUGGACGACUCAGCCAUGUGCCCCAUUUCGAUGGCAAGGCUGAAAUAGAAAGAUACAUCCGUGCUUCGGGUGUCCCCUGCACUUUCGUUCUGGCGGGUUACUUUAUGCUUAAUUACCUACAGAUGCUGAGAAAGGGUGACGACGGCACCUAUCAGCUUUUCUAUCCGGUCAAUGGUGCUAAGGCCAAGUUUCCUUUGUUCGAUGCUGCGAGCGAUACCGGCCUUUUCGUCAAAGCGGUCAUUAAACAUGCUUCUGAGUUGAAUGGGAAGCAGGUUCUAGAAGCUGCUGGCUACUAUACCGCCGAAGAGAUUGUGAAAAUCUUUACUGAGGUAACGGGAAAGAAGGCUGUCUUUGUGUCGGUGUCCGCCGAUCAAUAUAAAGCGGUUCUCCCGCCGCCCGUGGCUCAGGAAUUCCUCGAGAAUCAUCUACUGAUUGAGUCGCCUGGGUAUUUUCUCGGACAAAGCUUGGAUGAGAGCUUGAAGCUGCUUGAUGCCGAACCAACUUCUUUCGCUGAUUUUGUUAAGAAGAAUGUGGAUGCUUGGCAGUAAACUUUUUACUGAGACUGAUUUUCAGUGCCGUCAAGUGGAUAUAUUUAAUAGCUCCUGUUCCCUAUCUCAGGAAAUCUAUGUUGCCCUAUCCUUUUCUAUUCAUAUAUGUUGUUGCACUUGGGUUAAGAUACCGAAGCUUUCGCAGGUAUGAAAACUUAAAAUCAUUGACUCAUGUAUUGAUUUGUAGUAUGCCAACCGCUAACACCCGGUCACUGUAUGGCUUUCUAACCUGAAUUAAACAUAUGACUGUUGCUAAGCCUUGUCAGAACGUCAUUAGAUCUAUGUAUUAGAAUCAAAUGCUAUGCCGUCAC